UCACUUUUUGAUAUGUAUUCAUUGUUUGGUGUGGUGUGUUAGGUGUUUGUCAUCACCUAAAAUUUGGAUUUAUUUAAAUUAAAUGCUCACAAUAUUGGUUACCUCUGUUCUUAAGCAUGUAAGGGUUUCUACAUAAGGACAGAGAAAUCAAUAACAUAUUUUAUUAGUUGAUAUACGUGCCCGAAUCUCAAACGGUAGUUUCGUUUCGAAACGAAGCGAGUGGUUUGCCUAAUAUGCCGAAUUAGUUCGAAUAUUUAUUCGACUGAGAAAUUUGGAGAGAGAAAAAAAAAUCGUUCGAUCGUUCUCAUUUUCACGAGUAAAUUAUAUUUGAAUCAAAUAUAUGUUAUAUGUUGUGUUUGCAGAUAUGAUUGCACAAAUAGCAGUUGGAGCAAUCGUGUGCUUUAUGGGAUAUGCUUAUGUGACGAUAAGGCCUCCCCCUCCGAAAACGUGCGGCUCACCUGGCGGUCCUCCGUUGACUUCACCGAGAGUCAAACUCGACGACGGGAGGCAUUUGGCCUACAAAGAGAAGGGUGUUGCUAAGGAAGAAGCCAAGCACAAGAUUAUUGUUUGUCACGGCUUUGACGACUCUAAAGAUUUCAACCUCCCGAUUUCUCAAGUGAGCAAAUUAUUCGAUCACAUUGAUGGAUUGUUCUUGGAAAUGAUUGCAUUGGAUCAAAUUUUAUCGAAGGAAAAGCGACCGAAUCCGAAAAGGUCCAUAAAAAGUGAUGCAUUUGAUAUUCAAGAACUGGCCGAUAAGUUGCAUCUCGGCUCCAAGUUCUACCUCGUCGGCAUUGCCAUGGGAGCUUAUCCCGUUUAUGGCUGCCUUAAAUAUAUUCCACACAGGCUAUCAGGAGCAGCCCUCAUAGUUCCGUUUGUGAACUACUGGUGGAAGUGCUUUCCGUCGAAGCUAUCGAAAGAAGCAUUGGGAACAUUGCCUCUCUCGGACCAAUGGACAUUUCGAGUUGCCCGUUUUGCCCCUUGGCUGGUCAACUGGUGGAUGACUCAAAAAUGGUUCACGUCUCUUAGUAUCAUGCACGGCAAACUCGAUAUAUUUGCCCCCUCGGACCUUGAAAUCAUCAGACAGUUGUCCGCUUCUCCCAGAGAGGGUCAGGAGAAGGUGAGACAACAAGGUGUUCACGAGUGCUUGCACCGAGACUUGAUCGUGGGUUUUGGGAGAUGGGGAUUCGAUCCGACGGACAUCGUUAAUCCUUUCGCUAACAACGAAGGGUGUGUUCAUAUUUGGCAAGGAAACGAAGAUAACUUUAUACCGAAAAAGCUGAGCAGGUAUUUGUCGGAGAAACUUCCGUGGAUUCAAUAUCAUGAGGUUCUUGAUGCUGGCCAUUUCUUGAUUUACAAUCAAACGAAUUGUGAAGCCAUCUUUAAGUCACUUCUCAUUUGUAACAACACAUAAAGCCAAAGGUGUACACUUUUUUUUUAUUGCUAAUAAAUGGCUUGUGUUGUUGUUGUACAUAUUGAACUAUGUAGUAAUUUGAAUAAAGCUUUUAUGUGUUU